AUGUCUGGACGUGGAAAGGGAGGAAAAGCAAAGACCGGUGGAAAGGCGAAGUCUCGUUCAUCAAGAGCCGGACUUCAAUUCCCAGUUGGUCGUCUUCAUCGUAUUUUACGUAAAGGAAAUUAUGCGCGUCGUGUUGGAGCUGGAGCUCCAGUUUAUUUGGCCGCAGUUCUCGAAUAUUUAGCUGCCGAAGUCUUAGAAUUGGCUGGAAAUGCAGCAAGAGACAACAAGAAAAGUCGAAUCAAUCCGAGACAUUUGCAAUUGGCUGUCAGAAAUGACGAGGAAUUGAAUAAAUUGUUGGCUGGUGUAACUAUUGCACAAGGAGGUGUUUUGCCAAAUAUUCAAGCGGUUUUGUUGCCAAAAAAAUCGGCGGAAGAGAAAUAA